CCGAGCAUGCCAAUUCGAGCGACUCACUGGCUGAGCAGGUGCAAAUUCCAAUGGCCGGGCCGGGCGAGAAUGAGAUUACCAAGUACCUUUUUUUUCUUUCCUUUUGAUUCCUAAUCAUUUCAGAUUUUGGACGUGGACCAAGUACAAAACAACAACCGGCACACACAUAGUGUCUUGUCAUCGCUCGCUGCACACACAUUGGCAGUGCGUUUUUGCGUGUUCCUGUCAUUUCUGAAUUGGAUUGAUAUCUGAAAUGGACAAACAGUCAGUCGAAGAAGAUGGCCACGCGCCCAGAGACGAGCGACUGUCGGCCAAGACCUCGGACGUCGACACUAGCACCGCAACACCCCCAGAGAAAUCCGCGCCCGACGAGAACAAGGAGCAGCCACCAGCGAGGACCAUCACGGGUUGGAAGUGGGCACUGGCUUAUGCCUCCCUCAUGUCGACCGUCCUUCUCUUCGCCCUCGACAACACCAUUGUCGCCACUAUCCAGCCAACCAUUGUUGAGACCUUCGGACAUCAAGAGGACCUGGCAUGGAUUGGCGUCAGUUUCGUGCUGGGCCAGGCCCUGAUCCUGCCAAUUGGCAAGUCCUUUGGAAUCUUCAACAUGAAGGUUGUUUUCAUCACCAGUCUCAUACUGUUCGAGGCCGGCAGCGCCAUCUGCGGAGCCGCUCCCAACAUGGCUGCCCUCAUCAUCGGCCGUGUCAUCGCAGGCAUCGGCGGUAGCGGGAUCUACGUCGGCGCCUUGACGUACAUCAGCAUCUUGACAACCACCAAGGAGCGUCCUGUCUACCUCGCCGGGGUCAUGACCGUGUGGGGCAUUGGCAACGUUCUCGGGCCCAUUGUGGGCGGUUCACUAGCCGAGAGCUCCGCCACAUGGCGCUGGGGGUUUUAUAUCAACCUUCCUAUCGCCGGCCUGUUUGCCCCAGGCUUUAUCUUCCUUCUGCCUGGUAUAAAUGCGAUGCCGAACACACCGCUUAUGGACAAGCUGCGUAAGCAGGACUGGGUCAGCAUUGUCGUGUUUACCGCCUUUUGCGCCUGUUUCUGUAUGGCGGGCAGCUUUGGUGGCACCCUUUACGCCUGGGACAGCGGAUCGGAGAUCACCCUUUGGGUCAUGACGGUCGUGCUGCUAAUUGCUGUCAUCGUUGUCACCAUUUACCACCCGUUUGUAUCGGCCGAGGAUAAGAUGAUGCCGGUCCAGUUCAUAAAGACCAAGGAUCUUUUUCUCCUCCCACUGCAGUCUUUCCUCGUUGCCGGGUCGAUGAUGAUGUCUAUUUUUUAUACCCCACUUAUCUUCCAGUUUACAAAAGGAGAUGAUGCAUUGCAGGGCGGAGUGCGUAUUUUGCCACUGAUCUGCAUGAUUGUCUUUGGCUGCCUCCUAAAUGGUGUCGUUAUGCCGAAGUUAGGCUACUACAUGCCUUGGUAUGUGGUCGGUAAUGCUUUGUUGGUUACGGGCGCUGCAUUAAUGACCACCAUUGACGCUGACAUUUCCAAUGCACGGCUCUAUGGAUACACGGUCCUUAUCGGCCUCGGCAUCGGCUGCUUCCAGAGCGCCGGAAUCGCGGUCGUAUCGGCGAUCGCCCCGGCAUCCGAAGUCAGCAAUGCUGUGUCUAUCAUGACCGUCUCACAAGUUCUCGGCAUCAUCGUUGCGCUCUCCGUCUCCGGGUCUGUCUUCCAGAACAUGGCUCUGCGGUACCUCGCCUCUGCCCUACCCAACGCCGACGCGUCGGCGCUGGGCCAACUCGUCACCGGAACUAGCGGUGCGUUCUACCAGAGCCUGGACUCCGCCGACAGGUAUCUGGUUGUCCAGCAGGUGACGGCCGCGAUCCGCGACAGCUUCUACUUCCUGUGUGGUGUCACUGCUAUUGGCUUUAUCACCUCGCUGUUCCUUAGUCGGAGGAAGCUGUUCCUCGAGCCUGGCAUGGCUGCCUAGGCCCACUAUUAUGUUACUUCCUGGCGUCGGGAUCGAGUCGAGGGGCUCGAGCGAUCUGGUGAAAAUCAAUAGAGAUGAUGGUGCGAGCACAUUCGGCUCGCGGUGCACUUUUCGACUUGGAACGUUUCUCUUGAGUAAGCAGCAAGCGGGAAAAAUAUCAGGUCCUUCCGACUGUGGGUCGGGCAGUUCUCUGGUGCAAUGUAUACAUAGACUGAUGACGAAUAUAACAGCCAGACAGCUAGUAAUGGUCAAAGGCAUGCGACACCCCAAUGCGACAUGACACAACUGUUAAAGACUUAUGUUACACGUCUGAUCCAACCUACCCCGGAUCUCCGGAUCUAUAAAUCGUGACAUAAAUGUAACUACUGCUUGGAAUCAAGUGUGC